AUGGGCUGUAAUUCAAGUUCUUUCAACAAGGCUUUGUCAUUUUUUGGGUGUAAUACACGUAAAGUAAGUUUAAAAGCUUAUCAUAAUUUUUUAUUUUGUAAGAAUAGGAUAGGGUAAAGUAAGUUAUGUAGGUUAUGAUAAGUUAAAGCCAAAGCAAAGAAAAAAAUUGCCAAGUGUUAUCUUAAGCAUAUUUUCAGGAGUACGACUUCUCCCACAUUAACAUAAUAGAGAUUAUAAUUUCUAGCAGCACAACUUAUAUCACGCUGAAUUUCAUAGAUGAUGAUGGAAAAAGACCAUAUAUGAUCUUAGAUCGAUAUGAAAUGAUUUUGGCUAAACUUUUACAGUGUUUCGAAAAGAAACGUCAUUUUAUUGUUUCGCUUGAUCUAUCUGAUGAGUGUUUAUGGUCAUUGCCCUUGCUUCGCACGGUCGCGAACUUCUUGUUGGGUAAGUAGGCAUUUUAGAUGUUUACCGUGUAACUGCUGUAUAAAGAACUGUUGGUUUAUACUCUAACCAUUAUUUUUAGAACAUCUAUCGUCAGCAUCAGUUUGCGUUAAGCUGCGUCAUUCAACCCCAGUAGAUGAAUAUGCGCUAUUUAUUGACUUCUACAAGAAAGUUCAUCCUAUUGUUGAUGUUUUACAAGUCAGCCACCCAACCAUGCUCAGAUAUCUCAUGGAUAUUGAAAUAAAAGUUUUGGUUCUAGAACCGUGCCCAGACGACUGUAAGUUUUUGUUUACAAUAUAUAAGAAAGAGUAGAGUAGAGUAGAGUAGAGUAGAGUAGAGUAGAGUAGAGUAGAGUAGAGUAGAGUAGAGUAGAGUAGAGUAGAGUAGAGUAGAGUAGAGUAGAGUAGAGUAGAGUAGAGUAGAGUAGAGUAGAGUAGAGUAGAGUAGAGUAGAGUAGAGUAGAGUAGAGUAGAGUAGAGUAGAGUAGAGUAGAGUAGAGUAGAGUAGAGUAGAGUAGAGUAGAGUAGAGUAGAGUAAAAGCAAGGCGACACAAGGUAAGGUAAGGUAAGGUAAGGUAAGGUAAGGUAAGGUAAAGUAAGGUAAAGUAGCUUGCUCUACUUUGUUAUACCUUAUGACUGCUCUAUCUUACUUUAAUCUAUCUUAUUGUACGCCAUCAAACUUCACAAUUAUUAAUUUCAGGUUGGCUUGCUUUGAAAUAUCUUCAAGUGUCCGAGGUUCGACUUUUUUAUCCGUGGGAUUUAGAAAACUAUGUUCGAAACGGGAUUCGGAUGCCAACAGUCGAAACAGUUAUAUUGUGUUAUGAAAAAGAAAUGAAAAAAGUAAACAUGAAGAAGUUUCACGGGAACUUUGCGAAGGUGUUUCCGACUUUGGAAAGAUUUACUAUUAAAGCAGAUGAACCUCUUGAAAAACCAUAUAAAUAA